AAACAUUCCUCAAUUCUAUAAAGAUCUAAGGAUUAAUAAGUCUUUCAUAUCUACAUUCAUGGAAAUAUAUUCAUUUUUUCCCAAUUAUUCUAUAAUAAUGAUAAUUCACAUUCCAUGACAAUAUUUUCAGAUGGCUCUUUCAUCGGUCGUAGCGUUAGGAGCCAACGUUAUAUGCAGCAAAAUCCCGGGGCUAGCCCCUCAACAAAGACUCCAAUGCCAAAGAACCCCUGAAGCCAUUAUUGCAAUAUGGCAAGGUGCUAAACUCGGCUUAUCCGAGUGCAGAUGGCAAUUCAAGAUGCACAGAUGGAAUUGUACCAUGAUAACUACAAAUACCGAUUCCGUGUUCAAAAGUCAACUUCGCCAACAACAACAAAUUGGGCAACAAAAAGCGGCUUUUAUGUAUGCAGCAACUUCUUCCGGCGUUAUGUACGCGGUUAUUCAAGCGUGCAGUAAAGGUAACAUAUCCAAUUGCGGUUGCGACAAAUCCAAAGAGAGUGGCUUUACCAGAGAAGGUUGGAAAUGGGGAGGAUGUUCCGCCGACAUAAAAUAUGGAAUGCAAAUGUCUAGGCGUUUUGUCGAUUCUAGAGAGAUAGAAGGGGACGAGAAGUCACUUAUGAACCUUCACAAUAAUCGAGUGGGAAGGAAGACUCUGAGAGUUAAUGCCGAUGUAGAUUGUAAAUGCCACGGAAUUUCGGGAUCCUGUACCAUGAAAACAUGUUGGGUCACUCUUCCGCCUUUUAGAAGGGUCGGCGAUGUUUUGAAGAAAAAAUACGAUCGUGCAAAACAAGUCGAACCCUUGACUGAUAGAAGAACCCAAAGACCUGUAUUCCUGAAACUGAAACCUAGCGGCCACGGUAGUCGAGGAAUUCACAAAAAGCCCAGGAAAGGCCAUUUAGUAUACUUACAAAGGUCACCAAAUUAUUGCGAAAAGGAUUUAGCGAUGGGUUCCUUGGGAACAAAGGGAAGAUCUUGUAACAAAACCUCGCCGGGCAUUGAUAGUUGUGAUGUUUUGUGUUGCGGGAGAGGUCAUGAGACCUUGCUAUCAGAUAAAGUUUGGCGAUGUCACUGCAAAUUCCAUUGGUGCUGCUACGUUGAAUGUAAAACAUGCAGUGAAAAAAGGGAAGAAUACACGUGCAACUAA